UGUUACUCAAAACAGCUUCCUAGUGUUUGACGUGGAUGUUGAUGAUGGCAGAAACUAAAGCAGCAGAACUGUCAACAGAAACAUCAAACCUUCACAUCUCUAACAGCGGCGGCAAUGUGUCCUCACAGCCCAAUAACCCCCUGUCCCGAAAACUCAACAAGAUCCUGGAGACCAGGCUGGAUAACGACAGGGAGAUGCUGGAGGCGUUGAAAUCUCUCUCAGUGUUCUUCAAUGAGAACAGUCUGAGAACCAGGAGGAACCUGCGAGGAGACAUCGAGAAACGAAGCCUGUCCAUCAAUGAAGAGUUUGUGCGGAUAUUUAAAGAAGUGACAGAGGAACUAGAAAGUGUGCAUGAAGAUGUUCAAGCCAUGAGCUCCUGCUGUGAAGAAAUGACCAACAGAUUAAAGGCGGCCAAAGAACAAACCCAGGACUUGAUUGUGAAAACCAACAAACUUCAAGGAGAGAAAUUCGAACCUGGGUCUCCCGCCCUGCUGAUGCACAUCCUGUCGCGCCACGUCAGAAGCCAUCAGUUGGAGGUUCGAGGUCAGGUGGCCCAGGCAUUUCUGUCAAAGUUCCAGCUGUCCGCUGUUGAGAUGGCCACGUUACGCUCUGCUCGAGAUGGUCCUGUGACUGAGGACUUCUUCAGAGCUCUGAACCAUGUGAAGAACAUCCAUGAAGAUGUGAAGAUCCUACUGAGAACCAACCAGCAAACAGCAGGGCUGGAGAUCAUGGAGCAGAUGGCCGUGUUACAGGAGACGGCAUAUGAGCAGCUCUAUCGUUGGGCUCAGAAUGAGUGCAGAGGGUUGACUCAGGAAACUUGUGAUAUUUCUUCAGUGUUGAGUCAGGCAAUGGAAGCCCUCCAAGACCGGCCUGUUCUUUAUAAGUACACACUUGAUGAAUUUGGGACGGCCAGACGAUCAGCCGUGGUUCGAGGUUUUAUCGACGCCCUGACCCGUGGUGGCCCGGGCGGCACCCCGAGACCCAUUGAGAUGCACUCUCACGAUCCGAUGAGGUAUGUUGGGGACAUGCUGGCUUGGCUACAUCAAGCCACAGCCUCAGAGAAGGAACAUCUGGAAGCUUUGCUCAAACAGGUUACUGUGCAAGGGGUUGAAGAAAACAUGCAGGAAGUAGUUGGCCACAUCACCGAAGGAGUGUGCAGACCACUCAAGGUACGUAUUGAACAGGUGAUUGUUGCUGAGCCAGGUGCUGUUCUUCUGUAUAAACUCUCCAAUCUUCUCAAGUUCUACCAUCACACCAUCAGUGGAAUCAUGGGUACCAGCGUGUCCUCUCUGUUGAUGACCAUGGAUGAGUUUCACAUGCUCAGUAAGAAGAUGUUCUUCAACAGUCUCAGUCUCCACGCCAGUCGCCUCAUGGAUAAAGUAGAGCUCCCUCCCCCUGAUCUGGGUCCCACUGCCUCUCUCACUAAGACUCUGUCGCUCCUCAGAGAUGUUUUGGCCUCCCAUGAUUCCUCAGUUCUGCCUCUUGAUGCCCGUCAAGCUGACUUCGCCCAGGUGUUGUCCUGUAUCCUCGACCCGUUGUUGCAGCUGUGCACGGUGUCGGCCAGCAACCUGGGCACAGCAGACAUGGCCACGUACAUGGUGAACUCCCUCUACAUGAUGAAGACAACGCUGGCUCUCUUUGAGUUCACCGACAAACGCUUAGAAAUGCUUGAGUUUCAGAUUGAAGCUCACUUGGACACUAUAAUCAACGAGCAGGCCUCAUACGUGAUGACCAGAGCUGGACUGAGUCAUAUCUACAGCUGUGUUCAGCAGCACACAGCAGAGCAGGGGCCUCUGGCCAACCUCCCUGGCAUGGACAGCACAUCCUUAAAAACAGCCAUGGUCCAGUUUGACCAUUAUUUGGCCUCUCCUGAUACGCUUGUGAUGCCGCAGCUCAACUUCCUGCUCAGUGCUGCUAUUAAGGAGCAAAUCUUCAAACAAUCUACAGAGCUUAUGUGUCGUGCAUAUGGAGAGGUAUAUAAAGCCAUCACCAGCCCUGCGAACACAUAUAAAGAACCUGAAUCUGUCCUGCAUAGAUCUCCACAGCAGGUACAAACCCUGCUGUCCUAAAUGUGCCGCACACACAAUGCAAACUGUAACCAGCCACAAUUACCCAAUGUACUGCAACUAAUGGUAGAUUCUGGCCACAAGAAUGCAUUCAAGAAGUAUCAUCUGGUGAUGGGACUGGGCUUUUGACUUUUUAAUUGUAAAGAUGUGACAUAAAGACACUUAAACAACAGCAAGUUUGUGGAUUUCUCCCAGCAUUCUCAUCUCUGGCUCGCAUGGCACUCGGUGGACAGUGCUGUUUGCCAGAGGAGAGGAGAGAACAAAUCCCACUAAGAAUUUUUUUUUAAAUUAUUUUUCCUCCCCACGUGAACAUAGAACCCCACUAGCAGGCCUGGCGAAGCAAACUACAGACCAUUUCAUUGCCGCACACAUUUACGUGCACUCAAACAUAUGUACUGUCAUUACAUUACAUACACAGGUUUUUUUUUAUUGCACACACACACACUCUCUCGCCCAUGGAGAGCAUGAUAUGACUCAGCUACAGUCUGUAAUCUGAAACAGUUCUGCCUUUCUUCUCAUGAUAUCUUUUUUUCUUUCUUAAGUGCAUUAAAGUACACCUAAAUGUU